AAAAAAAUAAAAAAUAAAAAAGGAAAAUCAAACAGUAAGCAUAAAGAAUCAAUAAUAGAGAAAAAAAAAAGGUUAGUUAUUGGAAAAACCUGCACAUUCAGCUCAAUCAUCCGCCGUCUUCCAAAUGGGUCGUCUUCUCCUCUCCGCCGCUUUUCUCUCUCUACUGCUCAGCUUCUCUCUAUUCUCAGAGGUGGGAUCGACGACGUUCAAGAUCGUUAACAAGUGCCGCCACACAAUUUGGCCGGGGAUUCUCACCGGCGCCAACCGCCCGCCGCUCAACCCGACGGGAUUCACCCUCCGGAGCGGCGGAUCGCGGACUCUCCGUGUCCCCAGGGCGUGGUCGGGCCGGGUCUGGGCCCGAACACACUGCUCCGCCGCUUCCGGCGAGAGGUUCUCCUGCGCCACCGCCGACUGCGCCUCCGGCCGAGUGGAGUGCGGCGGCGCGGGGGCCAUCCCCCCUGCCACGCUGGCGGAGUUCACACUCAACGGCGACGCCGGGCUCGACUUCUACGACGUCAGCCUCGUGGACGGGUACAACCUCCCGAUGCUGAUCGUCGCCAGGGGCGGCGGUGGCAGAGGCGGCGCGUGCAGCCCGACGGGGUGCCUGGUGGAUCUGAACGGCGCGUGCCCGAGGGAGCUGAGCGUGGCGCGUGGCAACGGCAGCAGGGAGAGCGUCGCGUGCAGGAGCGCGUGCGAGGCCCAAAAAUUGCUUUCCGCGCGUAAAGACUCGGCAGAAUUGCCUCUGGUGAACAAAAGCAUGAUGUACAUUGGGAGGCACCACGCUAGAUUAUCAUCCCCAGCUGCAUUUGGAGCCACAUUCACAUUUGUAAACAAAUGCGACCACACCGUAUGGCCCGGCAUACUCGCCAACGCCGGCAGCCCUUCACUCGACACCACCGGAUUCGAGCUCCCUCAAGACUCCACCCGGUCCUUCUCCGCCCCGGCCGGCUGGUCCGGCCGAUUCUGGGGCCGAACCGGAUGCGCAUUCUCCGGCUCGAGCCAGGGCGCCGCCUGCCUGACCGGCGACUGCGGAUCGGGAAGGGAGGAGUGCGGCGGGCUCGGGGCGGCCCCGCCCGCCACGCUGGCGGAGGUCACGCUCGGCGCCGGCGGCGGCCUGGACUUCUACGACGUGAGCCUCGUCGACGGGUACAACCUGCCGAUGGUAAUCGAGACCACCGGGGGGACGGGCACGUGCGCGUCGACCGGGUGCGUGACAGAUCUGAACCGGGCCUGCCCGGCGGAGCUCCGUUUUAUUUCAUACUUUACAGAGGAAAUGCACUGA